AUGGCCCUCGAACCAAAGUCGCCGUCAAUGCACAACCGCUUGAUGGGAACAAGAAUCCCGCAGCCUUUGACCACCAAUUUUCAUGACAGCGACGAGUUCCGUUCCCCGCCUGCGAAGCGAUUGAAAGCUGCCGUAUCCAACGGAACCGCAGCCAGUCCGAGGCGCGAGUCUCCUGGGAAGCUCGCUCAGAAGAGGAGGAUCGAGAAUGAGAUUGCAGACUCGGAAGAAGAGCUCGAAGAAGACGACCUGCAUGGACGAGCAGCUCAAGUCUCCGAUCCUCCCAGGGCGACACAGUUGGAGGCUACUCUGCCACCGGUCAAAACGGACGAGGAAGCCAUAGAGGCUUACGAGGCUUACAAGGCAAGUGAAUAUGUGCAGGGGGACCAAGAACGCCGAGACAAAGAUACGGCGCUGUCGACGCUUGAAUCGCGCUCUUGGUCCAGGGGACGCAGUUCCAUUUACGUGGAUGCAUUCAAUCUCGCUCUGGACACGGUCCUAGACGAGGAAUCACAUCUCUUCAAUGAUUCUGAACUGAGUCUCUUUGGCGUAUGGAGAGAUCUGAGCUACGAAGCGCAAUACCUCUAUGUCAGGCUGUUCCUUCGCAAGACCAGUAAAUGGUUUCGAGUCAAAGACCUUCAGUAUUAUAGCGAUGUUGCAGACAUGGAGGCUGCAGUCGCGGAAUUGCAGAAGGAGAGACUUGUGCCUGCCGUCAACGAGGCACCUGACCUCCAUCCGGGGGAAUUGGAACCUCCCGAGGGCACGGUUUUGGGUGAGACAUUUACUUUCGCAGAAUGUUCGUCAGAGCACAUUAAAACACUGGACGAGGCUAGCAGCCUGUUGCUUUUAGAUGAGUUGAAGAGCAUUGCCAAAGAGGCGAAAGUCCACGGCAAGAAUAAACGAGAAUUGCUGCAGAAUUUCCGGCGCACCAGCGGCAGGCAAGCUGGGCUGGGGUUCAAAGAAUUAAAGCGGACAGAAACGCAGGAGUCGGCAAGUGCCAUAUCUGAAGACAAUCACUCCGUCUAUGAUGAAGACGACGGAGAGGAAAGCAGCGGCCCCAGCACACCGAUCCCCACGAGCACGAAUCGAGAUGCGCAUUUCACGAAGAAAAUCCUCGAUCGGACAGGACGUUGCAUCCGGCUUUCUCUGACCCCGUUGAAGCUAUUCGAACGGGUACAUCUUGUCUUUUACCGCAGCACGGAAUGGACGGAGAAAAGCCUCACGACCCUGAUCCUCGCGAAGAUCUCCCGCCGCAAUUUCCCAGAGUACCUUGUGAGCCGAUCGACCACCAUUUUUGAGUCGCGUGCCCUUCUACUCGAAUUCGAGGCUAGUCUCCGCACGCAGUUCCGGGUGGACAACAUCCUUGAAUUCAACGGCACUCCAGGUCGGAAGGCUCUGGAGGAAGUCAAAGGGAUCUUUGAGGCGGUGUAUCCGCGGUGGAAAGCCCUAUUGGCAGAGGAACAAAGGAAGGAAGACCGCGUCUAUGAGAGUGGAGAGGGUGCUUAUCUGCGUCGUUUCAGCCCGGCAUGGGUAUAUACGCGUAUUGUGCAUAAGGCACUUCACCCCUUUGCACGGUUCAAAGAGCAUCUUCGCGAACAUGAAAUAUUGAACGAGCUACUAGAUCAACGACUCUUCCAUGCAGCGAGAAGAGGGGCGUGGUAUCAACGCAAAGCACUGUUGGAAGAGCACUACAUGCACGCUCUGACAUCGAACGAAGGUCGAUCUCUCGAGGCAAAUAAGAAGCACUGGAAGCGCAUCGCACUAAAUACUUGUGAGCAGGGUCUGCAAGAUAAAGAGUGCCAUGUCAUUUACCACUACGAUCUACAGAAGCGGGUCAAGAAAUUGGAAAAGCAUUUACGUGUGCCGCUUCGGGAACAACAUGACUUUGGACAUGUGAAGCUUGGGAAAGCUGUGGAGAGAAAUGUCGUAGGCAUCAAAAUUGUGCAAGGACGCGACGACACGCCGUCACGCAGUCUCAACUUCAGUCGGAAGAACAGCAUCAACACGACCAUGGACGUUGAAAUAGCGGCAAACAACGGCAUUAAACGUCCCUCUCUUCCCGAUCAACCAAGCAAUCCAACUCUUGGAGGCAAAACAGUCUGGCUCGACCACUUGGACACCAACCUCCCCGUCUCGGUGGAAUCAAUGUGUCUCUCCCACUAUCGCCACGUACUGGGCUACAAAGGCUACCACUCCGAAGGCGGCAUCCUGCGGACGAUUUUUGGGCUGUUGUUCCACGACAUCCUCUUCUUCAACCCCUAUAUCCCCAACGUCUUUCAAACGGCCUACCAGACCUGUCCGCUCGACUUGCACACGGACAGUUUCUUUUCGGCCCGCAUGCCUGAAAUCCUGGCGCGGAUCAAUCAGAUUUCCAACGGCGAGGCCGUGGACAUUGCGAAGGCGGUGUGGGAAAAGGAAUACGACAGACGGACAUGCAUUGUCGGAGUGAGGUGGGACGAGUUUGAAAAGGACGACCUUUUGGAGUUGGUGGCGUGUUGGGAGGGCCAGGCGCUGGGGACGGUCAUGCUGGUCAUGGCACAGGAGUAUCAGAGUCGCGGCGGUGGCGUGCCGGAUCUGGUGCUUUGGAAGGUACAUGAUCAAGCUGGUCAGGGCCAUAAUGAUGAUGACGAUCAGGGUAAGCCUCACAAUAUAUCAUCCCGACAACGAGCCAGGGGUGAGGUUCUCUUCGCCGAAGUCAAAUCCGCGAAUGACCGAUUGAGUGACACGCAAAGGCUGUGGAUCAGUGUCCUGCUCUCGGCGGGCGUCAAGGUCGAGCUGUGCCAUGCUGUUGCCGGCGAGGUCAGAUAUGAAUAG